GCAAUUCCCUCCGCACGUUCAUUGUUGCCUUAUCUUUUUGUUGAUUCUCUUUCUUUCCCUCCAAACAAAAACGACCCUGAAUUUCUCAACCAGAACCAUUGUAGUAGUAAUCAUCAUCAUCAUGAUGGCCAGCAAAUUAGCCUUCACAUUGACAUACCCGCGUCCAUUCACUGCACCUACUCCAACACCCUUCGUUCCAAUCUCAUCAUUGUCUUCCUCUUCUGCUUAUGGAGUCCACCUUAUUCAAUUCAAUGGCCGCCACUUAUGCCUUCGCCGCCGGCUAUUUGUGUUUUCUCCCAAGGCCACCGCCGAUCAACAAGGCAAGGUUGAGGAAGACGCUGUUGUUGAUAGUAAAAUCCUACCCUAUUGUAGCAUAGACAAAAAACAAAAGAAAUCAGUUGGUGAACUUGAGCAAGAAUUUCUUCAAGCACUGCAAGCAUUCUAUUAUGAGGGGAAGGCAAUUAUGUCAAAUGAGGAAUUUGAUAAUCUCAAGGAAGAACUCAUGUGGGAAGGGAGUAGCGUUGUAAUGCUAAGUUCUGAUGAGCAAAAAUUCCUGGAAGCGUCUAUGGCUUAUGUGUCUGGAAAACCAAUCUUGAGCGAUAAAGAGUUUGAUGAUUUGAAACUUAGGCUGAAGGCGGAAGGGAGUGAAAUUGUGGCUGAGGGUCCACGGUGCAGUCUUCGCAGUAGAAAGGUUUACAGUGACCUGUCUGUUGACUAUUUAAAGAUGUUUCUGCUCAACGUCCCAGCAACUGUGAUUGCAUUAGGAUUGUUCUUCUUCCUUGAUGAUGUGACCGGAUUUGAGAUUACAUAUCUGCUAGAGCUUCCAGAGCCUUUUAGUUUCAUUUUCACUUGGUUUGCGGCUGUUCCCUUAAUUGUGUGGCUGGCUCAGUCAAUUACAAAAGCAAUUGUAAAAGAUUUUUUGAUUUUGAAGGGCCCCUGUCCUAACUGUGGUACUGAAAAUACCUCCUUUUUUGGGACAAUACUGUCAAUCUCAAGUGGCGAUUCCACCAACACUGUCAAAUGUGAAAAUUGUGGUACUGCAAUGGUGUAUGAUUCAAGUACAAGAUUGAUUACAUUACCAGAAGGAAGUAAUGCCUAAGUGGAGGUCAAAGGUGCUUGUAUAACCAGAUGGUCAAGAUCGCUACUUACAUGUGGAAGCUAGUGACUAAUUUAUCAAGUCAGCAAACUAUUAUGGUCAUCUCCUAAAGGCCUUGAAAUCAUUAUUCUCAUUGUCACAUACCAUUCAUUGCUGUGAUAUCUACCGUGUUAUGUGCCAUUAUCAUACUUGUAAGUUCUAUAUGAGCUUUGUAUAGCAUACGGAGGAUGGUCUACUCGACGAGAUGAGUUUUAAGGAUCCUUAGCACCAUCGAUUAGGAUCGAUGGGCUUUUUCUUCCCAAAAA